AAACAACUUUUAACAUUUGUCACAAGCAAAAUUUAAAGGGAACUGUAAUGACAAAAGUAACGGCAGAAGGAAGAACUUGCACAAAAGAUGUUUGAGCUGUGGUGGCUGCAACUUACAGCGGAGAAGUCCCAAACAGAGCUCCAGGAGUUGAACCCAUGGCUGCAAUCCUCGCUUUGCUGGGAGUCUUCUCGAUUCCGACUUUGGCAUUGAAGACCUAUGACUUGUCAGGACCUGAAAAUGCUUUUGUCACUGCAACUAUGACUAUUGACAAUAGUAAAAACGUAGCUGAUGUCCAUAUCCGUUCUGGGAUAUACUCCUCUGAUACCAUUUUUGACUACUGGCAUGGUUAUAUUGCAACAAGGAUGUUUUCACGGAAUGCCUGCUUUAUCCUGAAAAUGGAUAAAAAAUCCUUCCCAGAGAUACAGGAAAUUGGGCGCAGGGCUUAUGAGAAACAGACUUUGAAGAAGAUAUUCUCCCCAACUAAUCUGUGGGUACAAUAUACACCUGGCAAUUCAGUAAUCGCAAACAUAAAGGAUUGGUUUAUGUAUGGUAGCGCCAUUGAGCAUCUCUGCAAAGAUCUGCCUAUCUACAAACUUGUAAAAACCGAAGCACCACUAAAUACUCAGCAUUGCGCCGAUGCAGGAAUCCCAAGCAUUUUGGGCAUUAAAAUCUGUCCAAAACUCGUCUAAACCUGGUCCUGACAAUUCCACUGCUUGGAAAUGGUUUGUUUUCCUGUGUGCUUCCUCUACUGCAGCCGUGUUCUUAAACUGGGUCAGAUCUUACUCAUAGACUCAAUCAGCCUAUCCUAAUCUGUG